AUGCAAAGUAUCAUACCAAACACAAAUCCAGUCAAUGUAGAUCUCCCUUGCUGCCAGUGUGCCAGUCUGCAAGAUCAUGAGCUCGGCAUCUCGCCAUGCUGCUCAGGCGAUCAUUGGACAUACGCCUUGGCACAAAUCAGAAAGAAUGCAUACAGCUCAACGAUCGCCGCAAUCUCGUCCCCAGCUUAUCAUAUUCAUGCGUACGAAACCAAGUACAAGAAGUCAUCCAGCAACACGCUAGCCCACUUGCCAUUGCCAGGCACUGAAAACGACGUCCUGGGCCUGUUUGGAUACAGCUUUAAUGCAGAGCCAUUUUCCACACAAAACAUCUUUGAAUACAGACAGCAUCGCUCAGAGCAUCUGCUAAUGCGCAUGCUCCAUUGUUUUGCCAAGCACGAUUUCAACCUGUCGUUCGUCAGAUUGUCUCCCGGCACAUUUAUGGUACAGAAAUGGGAGUUUUGCGAGCCAUUAGUUUACCCUACAUCUGAUUCAUCACUGAUCAAUGCCAUGGACCUGUUCACCAAAGACGAUACCUUGGCGCCCAUUGACACAUUCACGUUCAACGAUUUGUUCAACGACAUGAUGGAGCAAACCAACAUAGCAGCGAUAGAAAAGAAGCGACUGGAAGAGGAGGAAGCACAGAAGCAAAGAGCACAGACGUUUGUGCCAUACACACAUACCAUAGGCAUUCGAUACACAAACCCAUACAGCUACAACCGAGACGUGCUAGUGAGAGGCAACAUACCACUGUGGUGUCAGACGCUAUUUAUUACCGAGUGCUUACGGCUGUUGCCUAUCGCGCCGGGCACAGUCGUGCAUGGUAUCUUGCCGUUUGCCAAAGACAUUGGAUUUCAUUUUCAAACUGUGCCUACCGUCAAGGGUAAUCGCUUGCUAGAGCCUUACCCCGAGAUAUGUGUCAUGUAUGAACGGUUUGCUAUGGAGCUUAGUGAUCCUCAGAUGAUGCUAGAGAAUAGGGACGUUCAUGGGAAGCGAUGGGAAGAUGUACAAAACAAAAUUUUGGCGGGUAUACUGUACUGUGAGAUACCAGAUCACACGGCUAGUAUCAUCACCUCAUUAGCUAUUGAAUGGGCAAAAACACAGGGUCUGUCUUGA